AUGGUGAUAUUCCUGUCGAUGAUGUUUGGGAAGGUGAAGACGUGUAAUCCUGCUGAAUGUAACCUGGUGAUUCUUGGUGUGAUGGGCUGCGGGAAGUCAGCACUGACAGUAAAAUUUCUCACAAAGCGCUUCAUCACUGAAUAUGACCCCAACCUAGAAGACGUCUACUCGUCUGAGGAGGUGGUGGACCAGCAGCCGGUCACACUGAGAGUGAUGGACACCUGUGAACAGGAAGGUCCAGUGAACAGUGAACGUUAUCUGUCAUGGGCAAACGUCUUCCUGGUGGUCUACAGCAUCGAUAACAUGGAGAGCUUUAAUGGCUGUCAGCUGUACCUGCAGACACUUGCCUCACACAACAAAACCUUCAGGCCACAAACUCCCAUCAUUCUUCUGGGCAACAAGAAGGACAUGGACAGAUACAGACAGGUGCGUCAGUCGGAUGGUGAGGCCUUGGCGUCUCAUUUUGGAUGUGUAUUCUUCGAGGUGUCAGCCUGUCAAGACUUCCACUCUGUACAGCAAGUCUUCCAUGAGGCAGUGAGGAGGGCGAGGAAAGGCGGUGCCUGUGGCUGCUUGGUCCCCGCCAUCUGUGCCAGCGAGGACAAAGCACUUCUGGGUGUCCCAUCCUUUACUACACCAUGUUACAAGGAGCUGCCAGUGCCUGCCAACGCGAAGCUGAUCACAGUGAAGACAUCCAGAGCUCAGAGCAAACGGAGAGCUUCCACUCUCACCUUACUCAAAGGGUUUAAGAUAUUUUGACACAUUCUACUGCAUGUCCUGUGAUACUGUAAGAGAGUUGUAGGUCCUUAUGUAGACAGGCUUCUGAAGCAGCAAGAGCAGCUCCACCCUACAGACAUUUGGCAGGUUCAAUGAAAAAGCCUGAACAAUCUUAACAGAGGCUUUUCUUAAUAUGUUGAUUUUAUGUUGAGGUUUUACACUGAAAAAACGGCCAUGUUGGAUUUACUUAACUCAAUAGUGGACAUUGGUUGCACACAACUGCUUUGCCUUGGCAGAAAUUUAAACAACUGAGAUAAAUCAACACAACGUAUUCAUGUUCAGUAAACCUGUGCAUUUUGUGUUGAUAAAACGCAA